ACUGCUGGAGGGCCAGCUGGGAGUGCCGGGUGGCCGCAACCGGGAGUGCCGGGUGGCAGCUGUUAGUGCUGGUGUUGUAGGGGCUGCUGGGAGUACUACUGCUGGAGGGGCUGCUGGGAGUGCCGGGUGGGCGCUGCUGGGAGUGGCGGGCGGCCGCUACUGGAAGUAUUGCUGCUGCUGGAGGGGCUGCUGGGAGUGCCGGGUGGUUGCAGGAACUGCCGGGCGGCCGCUACUGGGAGUGUUGCUGCUGUGGGAGUGCUGCUGGAGGGGCUGCUAGGAGUGCCGGGCGGCCACAGAUGUUUUUCCGACCUCCUAGAUGCUCAACUUGAGGAGCCCAUUAAAACUUUUACGAGCUCGUUUUUAACUCGUUUAUGUUCUGAGCUCAUAUUCUGGCGCUCGGAGCUGCUGAACUGAAUCUUACGAGGGUUUUCCAGCGCUGUUUUAAUCGUGAUGUUGAGGUGAUCCAGCACCUUCUCUCUGCCCGUCACCCCACUGUGAGGUGCUUGGCCAUGAGCUCAGUGUGAGUACCUGAGGCAGGUGUGAUAACAUGGCUGCGGAGCUUUACCCUGCCAAGAAACUGCCCUCCGUCUCCGCCACCGCCAGCGCUGUGCAGCAGUACCAGCAGCAGAACAUCAGCAACAACAACACCAUCCAGGGCUGCAACUGGCAGGGCCUGUAUCCCACCAUCAGAGAGAGAAACUCAGUCAUGUUUAACAAUGAGCUGAUGGCGGACGUGCACUUCGUCGUCGGCCCUCCGGGCGGAACGCAGAGAGUGCCAGGCCACAAGUAUGUUCUGGCUGUGGGGAGCUCGGUUUUCCACGCUAUGUUUUACGGAGAGCUGGCGGAGGGUGAAGAUGAGAUCCGCAUUCCAGAUGUUGAGCCUCCCUCAUUCCUCGCCAUGCUCAAGUAUAUUUACUGUGACGAGAUUGACCUGUGUGCCGACACUGUGCUGGCCACGCUGUACGCCGCUAAGAAGUACAUCGUGCCACACUUGGCGCGAGCCUGCGUGACGUUCCUGGAGACGAGUCUGAGUGCGAGGAACGCUUGCGUUCUGCUGUCUCAGAGCUGCCUGUUCGAGGAGCCGGACCUGACGCAGCGCUGCUGGGAGGUAAUCGACGCUCAGGCAGAGCUGGCGCUGCGCUCUGAGGGGUUCUGCGACAUUGACGCUCAGACGCUGGAGAGCAUCCUGCGCCGGGAGACGCUCAACGCCAAGGAGACGGUGGUGCUGGAGGCGGCGCUGAACUGGGCCGAGGCCGAGUGUCACCGGCAGGAGCUUCAGCCCACAAUGGAGAACAAGCGUCUGGUCCUGGGCAAGGCCAUCUACUUGAUUCGGAUCCCAGCCAUGUCUCUUGACGACUUUGCCAAUGGCGUGGCGCAGUCCGGUGUGCUGACCCUCAAUGAGACCAACGAUGUCUUCCUGUGGUUCACGGCGGCGAGAAAGCCCGAGCUUCCAUUCGUGUGCAAGCCUCGGAAAGGCCUGACGCCGCAAAAGUGCCACCGCUUCCAGUCUUGCGCCUACCGCAGCAACCAGUGGCGCUACCGCGGGCGCUGCGACAGUAUCCAGUUUGCCGUGGACAAGCGGGUCUUCAUCGCCGGCUUUGGGCUCUACGGCUCCAGCUGCGGCUCGGCCGAGUACCAGGCUAAGAUUGAGCUGAAGAGGCAGGGGGUCACCCUGGGCAUGGCUGUGAUCAAGUACUUUUCCGAUGGUUCCAGCAGCACAUUUCCCGUAUUCUUCGAGUACCCUGUGCAGGUAGAGCCGGACACUUUUUACACAGCCAGCGUGGUGCUCGACGGGAACGAGCUGAGCUACUUUGGUCAGGAAGGAAUGACCGAAGUGCAGUGCGGAAAGGUGACCUUUCAGUUCCAGUGCUCCUCGGACAGUACCAACGGCACAGGGGUGCAGGGGGGCCAGAUACCUGAACUCAUCUUAUAUGCCUGAGGAACAGGAGCAAACCAGUUCUUCCUGUUUGGGGGAGGGGGGUAUAAAGAGUGCCAAUCGACAAUCUUGUAGAAGUCAAGUUCUGGUCCUGUAGUACACUCUAAAGGCCAGUUUAUGCUUCUGCAUGGAAUCUAUGCCAUAGUCUUCACCUGUACCUUAUAUGUCAGCGUGUACUCAAACCCUGUGUCUUAAACUACGCCAUACCCUGACCCGCACCUCCUCAUGUGUUGCGGUGAUGCAGACUUAAGCAACUGGUCUGGGGUGUGCCGUACCCUACGCAAAACUCUAGGGUGUAAUCUAGACCAUGCCCUUCCUGUUCGAGAGACGCAAACUGCAGCAACUGGUCUGGGGUCUGAGGUGGGGCAUACCCUAUGUUGAACCCUAAGGUGCACCUUACUUUGUACUCUAGGGCUCACUCUAGUCCUUACCCUAGGGCAUUCCCCAUGCUGUACCUUGGGCAAAACCCAAUUACCUACUCUAGACCGUACCCUAGGGCAUACCCCACGCCGUACCUUAGGGAAUACCUUAUUACCUACCCUAGAACACUCUCUACACCGUACCCUACGCAGGAUACUAGACCUUACUCUAGAGCAUACCCCACAUCAUACUCCUGGGCAUACCCUAUUACGUACUCUAAAACAUUCCAUAGCUCAUACCCUAUUUUGUACCCUACUUCGUACCCUAGACCAGGGCCUGACCCUGCAAAUUGCAGCAACUGGUCUGGGGUGUAUCCUGUGUUGAACCCUAAGGCAUACCCUACGGUGUAUGCAAGGGAGUACUGUAGACCAUACUUUAGGGCAUACUCUGCAACAUACCCAACGCUGGACUUUAGGGUAUACCCCACGCCAUACCUUAGGGGAUACCUUCUUACCUACCCUAGAACAUACCCUAAGCUGUAGUCCAGGCCGUACACUAGGGCAUACCCUGUUUCCCACUCUAGACUGUAUCCUAGUUCGUACCGUAGGCCAGACUCUGACCCUGCAAACUGUAGCAACUGGUCUAGGGGGUAUCCUGUGUUGAACCCUAAGGCAUACCCUACGGUGUAUGCAAGGGAGUACUGUAGACCAUACUUUAGGGCAUACUCUGCAACAUACCCAACGCUGGACUUUAGGGUAUACCCCACGCCAUACCUUAGGGGAUACCUUAUUACCUACCCUAGAACAUACCCUAAGCUGUAGUCCAGGCCAUACCCUAGAGCAUACCCUAUGUACUCUACACAUGACUCUAGACCAUACUCUUGGGCACACCCCACGCCAUAUUCUUGGGCAUACCCUAUUACCUACUCUAGAAUGUACCACAUAGCACCCUAUUUUGUGCGCUAGGGCAUACCCUAGGCCAGACUCUGACCCUGCAAACUGCAGCAACUAGUCUGUGGCUUACUAUAUUUUAAAACCCUAAGGUGUACACUACUCAGUACGCUUUAGGGCACACCUCACACCGUACCCAGUGCCAUACCUUAGGGAAUACCCUAUUACCUACCCUAGAUAGUACCAUAAACCUUACUCUAGGGUGUACCCUAGGGAUUAUCUACCUUAGAACGUACCCUAAGCUGUACCCUAGGCCAAACCCUGACCCUGCAAACUGCUGACCCCCCACACCGGCUGCUGUGGGGUGUAGCCUGUGUUGUAUCCCAUGCCGUACCCUAGAUGCACUCUCGAGCAGAAGUAUAAAUUGGCCUUGUAAAAUAGUCGGUUCUUGGUUUGAACCUUUGCAGCAGGGGUGGAGAAUUCUUGAAAACUCUCGACUCGCCCACAGAACCUGGUUGAAUCAGGUGUGAUUUGAGAAGGAACAGCCCAAAACUUUUCCUCAUCCUUGCUUUGCAGCCUUAAAAAUGGUUCUCCAAGACUUCUUUGGUGUUGUACUUUGGUUCUCCUGUUCAGUGGUGAUUAAUGUGGUUCCAUUUUUAGCCUUACAUUAUGUGGAACGUUGUUUAAGCUUCACAUUUGCACAUCUCAAACCAUGGUGAGAAGUUAUUUUGCCAGAAGGUCAGGACUGUGCAGGACAGAGCUACUCCAGGACCAGGGUUGGGAACCAGUGUCUUAAAGAAGAGGAUCAUGUACAGAUUAUUGUUGGUUCUAGUGCUGUGGUUGUUAUUUGAAGACGGGCAGGUAUGUCUAGGGCAGUCGUAGAUCAGAUUUGUUUGUGAGACACUACCAUUGCAGUUUUCGUUAAACACACUCUAUUAAACACUCGAAUAAGCUGGAUUAAGUAGAUGUAUGGUGAAGUUAUCAUACAAGCACUAGGCCAGUAUAACAGUAAAUGUUCUGCUGGGGGCUAAAUCAGUUCUAUAGCCUCAGUAGACCACAAUAACAAGGAAUAGACUUCCUGGUGAUUAAAGGCCUUUUCAUAUUUCCUGCAAAAAAAAAAAAAGUUCACGAGGGUUGUGAUGAGCAGAAACUACCUUUUGUAAGCUUACAAGCUUGCACACUUUCUGCACUUUCGUUUUUGUCUGUCAUAUAUCUCCAACUGCAUGAUUUGCCCCUGUCUAACCAUGGUUUAUGAAGCUGAAUAGCCUGGAUAAAAAACAGAACCAGCAUCUUUACUUAUGUACAGCUCUGGAAAAAAAGAAGAGAUCACUUCAGUUUCUGAAUCAGUUUUUCUGAUUUUGCUAUUUAUAGGUUUAUGUUUGAGUAAAAUGAACAUUGUUGUUUUAUUCUAUAAAUUACAGACAACAUUUCUCCCAAAUUCCAAAUAAAAAAAACAUUUGUCAUUUAGAGCUGAAAUCAAUGUCAUUGAGAGUUCAGAAAUCAAUAUUUGGUGGAAUAAUCCUGGUUUUUAAUCACAGUUUUUUUUUCAUGCAUCUUGACAUCAUGUUCUCCUCCACCAGUCUUACACACUGCUUUUGGAUAACUUUAUGCUGCUUUACUCCUGGUGCAAAAAUUCAAGCAGUUCAGUUUGGUGGUUUGAUGGUUUGUGAUCAUCCAUCUUCCUCUUGAUUAAAUUACAGAGGUUUUCAAUUUGGUAAAAUUAUUUUUUCCAGAGCUAUAUGUUCAUGUAGGGAUGCACCAAACAUUUGACAGCUAAAAUAAUGUAAAAACAUUACAAAAAAUAAAUCAAUAAAUAUUUUAAAAUGGCAAUUUAUAAGUGAUUUGUCUUUGAAAAUCAACAUUAAAGAACAAUGAAUAGAUUUAGAUUAUGCAAUUUGUGCAAAGGUGUCAAAAUGAAUUAAAACCUGGCAAAAAAAACAUGUUCUGUAUUCAGUAUUCUGCCAGGAUUCAAAUUUUGUUAACUUUUGGCAUUUUUCCGCCUUACAAUCUUAAGUUUACAAAAUAAUUCUGAACCUGAUUUUCUAAUAUGAUUUUAUAAUCCAACAAAUGUUUUAAUUACAAGCUGCCAAAAAGCAUUUGAAAAUUGGAAAAAAAAUCAGUGAAAACCUUCAUUAAUUUCCUCUUCACUUCAAAAAAUAAUAAAGAAGAUGUACACAUCAUUUUCUAUUUUCGAAUUUCAUUAGCCUCAAAUGUUCAUAAAAUUAAACUGAUAAACGUUACACUAACCGUCUUCAUAUGCUGAGAUUUCCCAUCUGCGGUUGUUCAUUUUCUUUGUAUUUAUGCUGCUACAUUAAUUCGCCAAAGCCAGACGAAUUGCGUUUUUGCAGGAAGUAUGUUGAGGCCUUUAACAGUGAUAGCACUGAAAUGAAACUAGAGAUUUUGUUCCAAUCUUGAGAGAGAUAUUUAGGAGUUCUUCACAUUUCAAGUUAUGAAAAACAACAUUUUCAGUGAUUUUGUGAGUAAAAAAAUACAAUUUCGAGUUUGUGCCUCUAAAUAUAUAUAUUUUAAAAUGAAACACAUGUUUAUCACCCUGCUGCUUUAUUUUAUUUGGUGAAGGGUUCAGCUUUACAGCAGUUCCACUUUCCAGGCUUUUGGAAGCUGGAAAACAGAAAAAACUCAACUUGAUUCAUAUUGAAGUUUGAAUUUGGCAUUACAUUCCCAAACACAACAAUAUACAGCUCUGUAAAAAAAUAAGAGAGCACUUCAGUUUCUGAAUCAGUUUCUCUGAUUUUGCUAUUUAUAGGUUUAUGUUUGAGUAAAAUGAACAUUGUUGUUUUACUCUAUAAACUACAGACAAUGUUUCUCCCAAAUUCUAAACAAAAAUAUUGUCAUUUAGAGCAUUUAUUUGCAGAAAAUGAAAUAAAAAAAUGUCUGAAAUAACAAAAAAGAUGCAGAGCUUUCAGACCUCAAAUAAUGCAAAGAAAACAAGUUCAUAUUCAUAAAGUUUUAAGAGUUCAGAAAUCAAUAUUUGGUGGAAUAACCCUGUUUUUAUUUACUCCUGGUGCAAAAAUUCAAGCAGUUUGGUUUGAUGGUUUGUGAUCAUCCAUCUUCCUCUUGAUUAUAUUCCAGAGUUUUUCAAUUUGGUAAAAUUAAAGAAACUCAUAAUUUUUAAGUGCUCUCUUUUUUUUACAGAGCUGUAUUACCAGUUUCAGCAGUGAUAAUGUGGUAUCUGUUAGCGUGUAAAGGGUUGCGCUGAUGUGCAGCUUUUACAGUGUUUUACACUCAAAAACCUUCACACUCCGUCUAAACUUAGUGAUCUAGUGUUUUCCAUGGUGCUUUUUUAAGCAAAUUCCUGUAUAGUUCAGAAAUCAUUCUCUAUCACCUCUGUUGUGUUUUUUUAUACAUGGUAAUGAAUGAAGUAAACCCGGUAUCUCCACUGUUACUUUGUUUGUAUUGAAGGAAUUGAUGGACUAGUUUUUGAAACACUGUUCUGAUUGAGUGGUGCGAAACGUUCAUCGCCUCAUAAUCAAUCAUCAAUACUACAAAACAAAAGAACACUAGGAAGUAUCUGUAUUCAGAUACUUUAAUCAUAUACUGAGAAAUGUUGUCAUAUAUAAAUGUGUGUCUAAAAAAUAAAGUUCUUAUUUUAUUGAAUUCA